AGCGCUGGCCGGCUUGGUGGGCGUGGCCGAGGGCGCUUGCGACCCGCCCACGUCCCUGGCGCACGGGCAGGUGAAGCUGGGCAGAGGCGGCAUCAUCGCAGCCUUCUCCUGCGAGGAAGGCUACACGCUGCAGGGCACGGGCAUCGCCGUCUGCGUCGCCGGCAGGUGGUCCACGCCCGUGCCCACCUGCGCCAGUGAUGACCCCUACGCCACGCCCGCAACCGAAAUGCCCACAACCGCCACGCCCAUGACAGCCCCUCCUCGACCCGGCCGCAGGAGGCAGCGAGGACCCGGUUCCCGAAGGGGCAGCAGGCAGCGGGGAAGGAGGCCCACCAGCACCACGACGGAGGCCCCUAGCGUCGAGCAGCGCCAGCAAGACCAGCACGUGAUCACGGCCUACAACGUGGUCGAGUCGCCCUCCACCCUCAAGGACCACGUGAAGCACUCGAAGGUCAAAGGUCACACCAAACAGACGAGGCAGGAGGAGGAAAAUAAUGAGGAGGUAGAGGAGGAGGCGACACCGACCUCGCCUGUGUCGGAGGUGGAGAGAGAGGAGGAAGAGGAAGAAAUGGAGAACGGCGAGAAUACAAGAGAGAGGAAGAAGAAGAACCGAAGAGAGAGAAAGAAGGAUAGAAAAGGUCGUAAAGGAAGAAGGAGAAAGAUAGAGGAGGAGGAGGACGUGGACAGGUCCUUGAACGAGGUGAGGAGGAGCGGCGAAGGAGCGGAGGCGUCGGAGCGUCAGCCAUCUCCCGAGGACGACUUGACGAGGGUCCUUGAGGAGAAGCGCGAAAGGAGGCGAAGGAGGAAGGAGAGACGGAAUAAGAAAAAGAAGGGUGGAAGGAAUGGUGAUAGGCAAGGCAAGAAGCGGAGGAAGGGCAGGAAAGGCCGAAGGAACGAGAUUCCUCAGGCGCCGCAGGACGUCGAGGACAGCCUCGACCUCUACGGCGCGAACUUCUCCCCCGACGUCGCCGGCGAGGCGGACAACCAGGUGCCCAACGAGGUGGUGCCGAGGCUGGACGCCGAGGAGGGCCGGGAGGGCAAGAGGCGGCGCGGCGGCCGGCGGCGCAGGCCCGGCCACCGCCGAGGGCGCCCCUCCACCACGACCCCGCCGCCGGUCGUAACCACGACACCCGCGACCACUACAACUACCACGACACCCACGACCACUACAACUACCACGACUACAACAACGACGCCCGCCACGACGGUCACCACGGAGGUCCUCUACGACUCGACCGGCUACCCGCAGGACUCCUCCUACAGCGCCGUCGAGCCGCAGUACACCAUCGAGGGGCGGGAGGUCGAGCGGACGAUCGUGGACUUCGUGCCCGAGUCUCCUUCGGGAUCCUCCGACGAGGACGCCCUCCGGAAGAAUGCCGUCGAGGAGGAGCUCAAAUACCACGAGAAAGACACGCGAGGGAACGGACGAGGAAGGAGGAAGAAGAAGGGCAAAAACAAGAAGAACAAGAAGGCCGAUAAAAGUCAUGGCGCGGUUGAUAAGCCGGAGUAUGAGGCGGAGGACGUCGAGGACACGUACGGCGAGGUCCCCGAGUCUGAGCAAGGACUGGAGCCCCGGGAGGACGAGGCGCCGGACGUCCUGGAGGACCUGCCCGAGGGUUACCCGACGGACAGGUUCAUGCAGAGGGGAUCCAACUCCAACUACUCAAGGUUUAUUGAAACGGAAGAUAUCCAGUUCGACCUCCUGGACAUGUCGUGCGUGGUCUCGGAAAGCGACUCUAUGUAUCUACCGCCGCCAAGGGUUCCCAACGCUCAUGUCACUUCUUAUUACACCGUUACCAACCCAGCGCCGCCCAACAACGUCUACGCGGAGGCUGUGUAUGAGUGUAAAUUCGGCUACAGACUGACCGAGGGAGCGAGCAACAGGGUGUUCUGCAUGGAAGACAAGUGGCUGGGUGUCCUGCCUUCUUGUGUCGCUUAUGCCCGCCAGAAGAGCAGCGGCAAGUGCGAGGACGAGAACGGCGACUGCGAGCAGAUCUGCGACCCGACCCCCACGGGGCGCCAGUGCCUCUGCUACAAGGGCUUCACGCUGCGGGAGGACGGCGCCUCCUGCCAGGACGUGGACGAGUGCGCGGUGGACAACGGGGGCUGCGAAGGGAAGUGCAUCAACAACCUCGGCUCCCAUCGCUGCCACUGCCCGCGGGGAUUCCGUCUCGGCACCAACGGCAAGGCGUGCAUAGAUAAGAACGAGUGUCUCCUUCGCAACGGCCACGGUCCCUGCCAGGAUACUUGUGUCAACACGGACGGAGGAUACUACUGCACCUGUGAAAGCAUGCCAGGCACGCACCUGGGAGCCGACAACCACACCUGCGAGGAUGUGAACGAGUGCGCUGUCAACAACGGCGGCUGCUCGCACAUCUGCCUCAACACCUUCGGCCAAAUCUUCUGCACUUGUCCCGAAGGUUUUGUGAUGGGCAUGGACUGGAAGACGUGCGAGGACAUCGACGAGUGUGGCUACGAGGAGAUCGCGUCCAAGUGCGAGCACCGCUGCGUCAACACCCCGGGCAGCUACCACUGCGCCCAGGCGGAGGAGCUGCAGCAGACGGCCCUCGAGUGCCCGGACGGCCUCGCGCCCACCGACGACAACCUCUCGUGCCAAGACGAGGACGAGUGCGCCGAGGGCAACUUCGGCUGCUCCGACGUCUGCGUCAACACCCACGGCGGCGCCCACUGUGCCUGCCCCGCCGGCUACGCCUCGCGGACGACAAGACCUGCGAGGGCCUCCACAUUUUCCCGCUCUAUCCGUGUUCUGUACGUCAUGUCCGUGACAGAUGAGAGAGAUGACAGCGAGCACGAGGUUAAACUUCCAGUCACCAUUCCCUCCCAACUCAAGCAGUGUCUAGACCCAGUAGAGCCUCAGGUGUCACACCGCGCGCAGGUCAUUUUCCGGUCUCCUACGGAAAGAGGUGUAGAGGCGAGUAAUCGGCACACCCCUGACUCCAGUAACUUCCGUGGUGAUUGCGUGGGGCAGCCCGUCGACUUCGACAUCCAUACAACGAAAGUCAUCCAUUGUAACAUGAAGUGUCAUACGACGACACUGAACGUUAAGUGCUACCGCAAGACAACGGCGCGGUGUGGCAUGGGCGCAAAGGGCCAUCAGCCACUACGAGUGCUGCAGGAUCAUAACGUAGCGAACGAGAGAGAAGUCUUGGACAAGUGCAUCCUUGCCCAGAAGACCGCCAAGUACGCGUACAUCAAAGGGAGGGAAGACCGCACACCCUGCGAGACUAAACGGUGCCUACACGAACAAACAGGCGAGCUGUACUCUCUACGUGAGUGUGCAAAACAGCAAAACAAAAAGAAAAGGGCUACCGACACAGAGGCAACCAUCAACGGCGGCUGCUCCCACCAGUGCGCCAACCACAAGGGCCACUACACCUGCCUCUGCCCCGAGGGCUACGCGCUGGCGGCGGACAAUCACACCUGCGUGGACGUUGACGAGUGCCAGCUGGACAACGGCUCGUGCAGCUACAAGUGCGUGAACAAAGAAGGGGGUUACGAGUGCCACUGCCCGUUCGGAAUGGCUCUCAGCGGAGACAUGUCCACGUGCAAGGACGAGGACGAGUGUGCCACCGACAACGGAGGAUGUAGCCACGAGUGCCACAACACACGAGGCUCCUACAGGUGCGAGUGCCCCACCGGAUACCGCCUUGCUAGUGACGGUUCCUCCUGUGAAGAUAUAGACGAGUGUUCUGUGGCCAACGGAGGAUGCUCUCACACCUGCGUCAACAGAGAGGGGUCGUUCCUGUGCACCUGCCCAAGAGGUUAUGAGAUAUCUGAAGAUCCUUACAAAUGCCUUGACGUGAACGAGUGUGCCAAAGCCCCCUGUGAACACGAGUGCUUCAACACCCCAGGCUCCUACUACUGUGCUUGCAGGCCCGGGUUCAAGCCGAAGCCAGACACCUCUCACCAGUGCUGGGAUGUGAACGAAUGCGACGAGGAUAACGGAGGCUGCGCCCAGGACUGCUUCAACUCCCUCGGGUCCUACCACUGCGGCUGCUCGGUGGAGUAUCUGAUCAGCGAAGACGGCCACUCCUGUGAUCUGAAACCCGUGUUCUGCCCGGUGAUCGUGGCGCCUCUGCACGGGGAAAUGGUAUGCUCGAAGGACCUCGUGGGCGGAGCAUACCCUAUGGGAACCACCUGCACUUUUACCUGUUCCGAAGGGGCGGCGCUGCACGGGAAUGCCAAUACCACGUGCAGCCAAUCAGGAACUUGGUCUAAUAACCCUGUCACGUGUCAAGCUGUGAAAUGCUCAGCCCUGGCGGAGGUGGAGCACGGCCGCGUGUCCCCCGACCGCUGCACCCGCCGUACCUCGAGCGUGGGCCAGCACUGCUACCUCUCGUGCUCGCCGGGGUACCGCGUCGUCGGGAACCCCGUCCGGACGUGCCAACCUGCCGGGACUUGGUCACCCGAUGCCGUGACCCCGUAUUGCGAGAAAGACACCCUGCGGCCCUUCAUCCAGUGCCCCGGCGACUUCUCCGUGGACUUGGCGCCCCACCAGAGCUCCUCCUACGUCAGGCUCCCGCAGCCGAAGGCCAACGUCGACUGGUUCAGAUACGUGGACGCCUCUCCCAGCUGGGCCAAGCAGCUGGAGGCGGACCUUCCUGCUGGCAAGACGACGGUCACCUUCAUAGCUCGCUCGCCGCUGUCCGAGGAGACCGCCGCCUGCUCCUUCGUCGUGGAGGUCAUCGACAAAGAAGAGCCCCAAGUUUUCGGCUGCCCCAAGUCCUUCCUGGUCCACCUGGCUGACGGUGAGGCGAGCUCCGAAGUCACGUGGAAGGAACCCGUGUUUAAGGACAACGUGGAGAUUGCUCACCUGUGGAAGUCGAUGGAACCCGGGAAGAAGCUGACCGCAGGGACGUAUCCGGUGCAUUACGUGGCCAUGGAUCCGUACAGAAAUCGGGCUAAGUGUUCCUUUACCGUGACUGUCCAGGCAGCUGUGGUUGGGCUUAAUAAGCAGUGCCGAGAGCCAGGGCAGCUGGUUGGUGGGCACUGGGUAUGCUCAGAGCUGGCCUGGGGGCGGAUGUGUCGACCUGCGUGUCAGCAAGGCUUCGUCAUGAUCAAAAAAUCUUCCUCCCCAAUUUACAUAUGCGCGUCCUCCACUGGCCUCUGGACCCCCAGCUCGGAAUUCCCCGCAUGCACGCCCACAGUUUCCUUCCGACCAAGUACUGGCUGUCUGCCCGGGUUUGAACGGAGGAAAACCCAUCCUGAUGUAUGCUUGGCGUGUACCCCAGGGAUGCACCGUAGUUCGAGGCAGCGGCAGUGUACUCCAUGCCCACUGGGAACAUACACUGACAACUUCGCAAGCCAACGAUGCAAGCAGUGUCCCGACGGAUCCACGACAGCUGACCCGGGGCCCACUCGGACGCCCUUUGUCUUUUCGCCGUUGAAUGGGCCGAGAGCGCCGCCCGUGCACAGACUGAACAACGAAAGAAAGUAUGGGAAGAACGCAAAACGUUUUCGUGGACGUAAUCCCGUCAGAGGCGACUUGGCAUCGACCUACCACGAGCAAGCUGCAGCGUCCUCCUCGGCAGCGGCACACUUCCUGCAGAGUUUCCCCUUUUCCGCCCUCCCGCCCGGCACCACGAUGGCCCUGGCACACGCCCAUGUCAGGGGAAGGUCGAAUUCCCACGCACAAGCCCAUGCCCAGGCUGGCAUCUAUAGCUUCGGCUAAAGGUCCUUCUCACGCGCUAUUUUUUUUUUUUUUUUUUUUUUUUUUUUUUUUUUUUUUUUUUUUUUUUUUUACACUGAACGUUCGAUAUUGUGUAGCACAGGGAGCACUUACUGAUAAAGGAAAUAUUUAAUGAAACUGAUAUUCCUGUUAUUGUGUAUAUAGUUUUCUUUUUAUUGUCUUUUCCAUGAAGUACCCUUUUAGGUAUGCUAAUGGAGGUUCUAAUUUCAAUAAAUAUUUUUGUCAUUAUUUUUCAUACGAAUACGGUGCCAUGGGCAAAUUUGUUCUUAAAACUAAAUUACUAAAAUCAAGCAAAUAUUACACAUAAUCAUUCUAUAGAAUAUGCUUCUGGCAGAAUAUUCACCAAUAUCCUUCCUUUUAAUCUUUUAAAAAUAAAAUAUGUAGACAUGACAGGCGAUAAACAUGAUAUACAAAAUGUUUCCAACGGUGAUAACACUGUGUAUGUUGUACUGUAUGUGUACGUAUUUUAUAGGUGUUAUAUUUUGUUACUUUGCCCUUUUUAUUUAUUGUGCAUUAAAUAUAUUAUCUAUUUAUUAAAAGGAAAUGGAAAAGUAUAAACUGUAAUGAUAUAAUAAUGUGUUCGAAUGGAUAUUCUGCCGGAAACUUCAAUUCUAAUUCAUUGAUCAAAAUUGCCUCAGAUGAAUCAAUUGAUUGUUUGAUAGAUUGAUUUACAAUCUCUUUCCCAGUCUUGUAUGUACUGUUUAGUAAAGCCUGCCUCAAAGAAGUUUAAAUAGCAAGGAUACAAGAGUAUGUCUGAAAAGAGAAGAAAAAAUCAUUUUUGUGUGUUGCACAUAAUCCAGUGUUCUAAGGUACGAAAAGUUUUCAAUAUUAUAUAUGUACCUAUAUUUUCUUUUAAAUUUUGCAACAUCUAAA